GUUGAGCGUAGAUUUCCUGUUUUACUUUGUCUUGUACGUCCAAUACCUCCUUCUUUCCUUGCUUGGACUUCUUUAUAUUGACAUGGUAGCAGAGUUGGACAGCAGGUCCAGGGUUGUAGUCCAGGCUUUCACCAGCAGGUCUGGUUUCACAGGGGCAGAACUCCUGCUCCCCUCGCCCAGUCAUGGAGCCUUUUGCAGAGGCUCCGUUGUUUGAGAUGGACCAGGAGGAGGAGGAUGAGGAAGAAGAUGGUCUCCCAGCGAGGAGCCGAGCCACAGACCCUGACACGUUCAUCUACAUGAACUUCAUGAAGAGUCACUGCUGCUAUGACGCCAUCCCUACCAGCUCCAAACUGGUCAUUUUUGACACAACACUACAGGUGAAGAAGGCUUUCUUUGCUCUGGUAGCUAACGGAGUGAGGGCCGCUCCACUGUGGGACAACAAGCUGAAGUGUUUUGUGGGUGAGGUAUGCUGACCCAUCACUGACUUCAUCAACAUUCUCCAUCGCUAUUACAAGUCUCCUCUGGUUCAGAUAUAUGAGCUGGAAGAGCACAAGAUAGAGACAUGGAGAGAGAUCUAUCUAGAGUACCAUAUCAACAGACUGAUCAGCAUCACUCCUGACUGCAGUCUGUUUGAUGCCAUCUACUCCUUGUUGAAGAAUAAGAUACACCGGCUGCCGAUCAUCGACCCGGCGUCAGGAAAUGUCCUCCACAUCCUGACUCACAAACGCAUCCUCAAGUUCCUCCACAUCUUUGGAUCUAUGAUUCCUAAGCAGUUUCUUCAGAAGCGGAUCAAUGAGGUGGCGAUCGGUACCUUCAGAGAGAUUGCAACGGUCCAGGAAUCGGCCUCAGUCUAUGACGCUCUGACUAUCUUUGUGGAGAGAAGAGUUCUGCCCUGCCAGUAUUUAAUAAAAAGAGGGUUUCAGUUGACAUCUUUCAUCUACCAUCUAUGGUCUGUCAUUUUCUCCUCCGUAGGUAAAGUCGUGGCGCUGUACUCCAGGUUUGACGUCAUUAACCUCCGCAGCCAGAACUACAACAACCUGGACAUGACGGUGAGGGAGGCCAUUUCCUCCAGAGCCUGCUGUGUGGAGGGAGUGCUGAAGUGUUACCCUUACGAAACACUGGAGACCAUCAUCGACCGCAUUGCAAAGGCUGAGGUGCAUCGUUGGUGUUGGUUGACAGUAGUGGAUGUGGUGAGAGGGAUAGUCUCUCUGUCUGACCUUCUACAAGCCCUGGUUCUCACUCCUGCAGGUAUUAAUGCGCUGUACUCCUACGCCAGCUCAAUCCCUUGCUCUUUCUCUCAAAGCCCCGGUCCUUCCCUGCCUUCAAAUCCUUGA